AUGGCAUCUCAAAUAUCAAAAACUUUAUUGAAAGUCUCCCACGUUAGCUCUACGGCUAAAUUCGACACUGCAAGGAGGGCUCUCAGUGUUGGAGCAGCUUUACACCAGAAGAAGAAGUCUCUGCCGGACCGCACAGGCAAGAAUGUGGUGCUUGUGGACGGAGUGCGGACUCCAUUCUUGGUAUCCUUCACUGAUUAUGCCAAGAUGAUGCCUCAUGAACUCGCCAGACAUUCCUUGUUGGGUCUUCUACAGAAGACAGGUAUCUCAAAGGAUGUGAUCGACUACAUCGUGUACGGUACCGUAAUCCAGGAGGUGAAGACUUCCAACAUCGGUCGCGAGGCGGCGCUGGCGGCUGGCUUCAGUGACAAGACUCCUGCGCACACUGUCACUAUGGCCUGCAUCUCUUCCAACCAGGCUAUUACUACUGGUGUGGGCAUGAUAGCUGCUGGAGCUUACGACGUGAUAGUGGCCGGAGGUGUGGAGUUCAUGUCGGACGUGCCCAUCCGUCACUCGCGCAAGAUGCGCUCGUUACUGCUGCGCCUCAACCGAGCCAAGACUCCCGCGCAACGACUGUCCCUCAUCGCCUCUAUUAGACCUGAUUUCUUUGCGCCUGAGUUACCAGCAGUAGCGGAGUUCUCAUCAGGCGAGACGAUGGGUCACAGCGCGGACCGUCUGGCGGCCGCCUUCGGAGCCUCGCGACAGGAACAGGACGACUACGCGCUCCGCUCCCACAAAAUGGCCGCGGACGCACAGAGCAAGGGAUACUUUACUGAUCUGAUCCCUGUUAAAGUUGACGGCAAGGACGGCGUGGUGGACAAGGACAACGGCAUCCGCGUGUCGACGCCGGAGCAGCUCGCCAAGCUGAAGCCUGCCUUCAUCAAGCCACACGGCACCGUCACUGCUGCUAACGCUUCGUUCUUGACUGACGGAGCGUCCGCUUGCCUGGUGAUGUCGGAGGCUAAGGCCAAGGAGCUCGGCCUCAAGCCCAAGGCGUACCUGCGUGACUUCACUUACGUCGCUCAGGAUCCCGUUGACCAGCUCUUGUUGGGACCCGCGUACGGUAUCCCCAAGAUCUUGGAGAAGGCUGGACUCAAGAUGAGCGACAUCGACACCUGGGAGAUCCAUGAGGCUUUCGCUGGUCAAAUCCUGGCUAACUUGAAAGCUAUGGACUCUGAUUGGUUCGCGCAGACAUAUCUCGGCCGUCAGACUAAGGUGGGUGCUCCCGACCUCGACAAGUGGAACAAAUGGGGCGGCUCGCUCUCUAUCGGACAUCCCUUCGCUGCCACUGGGGUCCGUCUCGCCAUGCACACCGCCCACCGUCUGGUACGUGAGGACGGACAGUUCGGUGUAAUCUCUGCCUGCGCCGCUGGCGGACAGGGAGUCGCCAUGAUCCUCGAGAGACACCCCGACGCCACUUGCAACUAA